AUGAAAUCGUCUUGCCAUUUUUGCAGCAAGCGGUACAGCUCCUCCGCGAACUUCGAUAAACAUCUUCGAACCACACAUCCAUUUGAAGCAGAUGAAUGGCUGGGAAACCAAUUUUUACGCCUGAAGCGCGAUCAAGAGGCACCCGAUGACACUCAUGAUAGCCCGGAAGGCAUUCACGAUUCCUAUUCAGAUCCCCAUAAUGACUCGGAUAGUUUGGAGAGCAACAGUAUCAAUUAUCAUGACCAAGAUCCCGAUAAUAAUUCAGAUCUGGAAUCCGAUUCAUAUUUUAUGAUGGAAGAGACAGAUGGAGAUGCAAAUAGGCAUAAGGCAGCGACAACGAUUUAUGAGGGUGCUGGGGAGCGUCUCUACUGCUCGGAGGACUACGACGAAUGCUCACAAAACCUUCUCCGAUACCCGUGGCACCCAUUCAACUCAGCAUACGAGUUUAGAAUGGCACGUUAUUUCAUACUGUCGAAAGCCUCACAAGGAAAUAUCGACAGUUUCCUUCUACACGCUCCGUCAAGCAGUGUCGAAUCCUCCUACAGGACUGGGCGAGGUUUUAUAAAGAGGUUGGACGAAAUGAAUGACAAAUUGGGAAAGGCGAGCUGGCAUCAUUCGGAGGUGGAUAUUGGGGGAGAGAAAAUCCCUUACUAUUACCGGGAUCCAAUGAAUACCUUACCGGAGGGGUCGACUGUGGUACCAAUUAUAUGGGCGUCAGAUGGCACACCUUUGACAAAUUUUAGUGGGGACAAGAAAGCCUGGCUAAUGUAUCUUACCAUCGGGAACAUCAAGUCAUCGGUCCGGAGCAAACCCACCGGGCAUUCGUUAAUUCUCCUAGGGCUACUACCAGUCCCACCUAAGCUCGGGAAGAACUCACUCGCUAAUUCCGCUUUACGACGUCAGAGUCAAAUGGCGCUGCAUCGCCCCUUGGGGAGAUCUUUCAGAGCAUUCGGGAGUGCUCUCAGGAAGGGGAGCUAA